CCAUCCACACACGCACACAAACGUAUGCACAUCUCUGUUUCCGUCCGUGUGCUGGUCAGAAGACGCUCUCCUCACCACGCAACAUCGUCACCCUCGUCUUCGUCUUCGCUGUCGCUCCCCUCGCUCCAUAAGAGCGAACCGUCCGUGUCAGACUCCGCACUAUCCGGCGUCCACUCAUCUGAGUCGUCUGAUGUCUCCAGUUCGUCUGAUGUCUCCAAUUCAUCUUCGGUCUCUGGCGGCAGAGGCUGCAGCUCCGGCUGGUCGGCCCCCUCUAGGGGCACCUCCCCUCCCACAGCGUCAAGAAGAGUGCGCAGCCUGGCCAUGGCUUGGCGCUCCUUUCCCACCUGCCUCGCUUUGUCGCGCUGUCGCUGCGUCCUGCGCUGCAUCAUUUUAUCCUGCCUCCCGGUGUCCCUGGCUUCACGCGCCUCGCGCACGGCUUGGAUCCUCGCCCGGCGGCUCUUCUCUCUCACUCGCUCUUCCUCUCUGUCAUCCUCUCUUUGUACUUCGCUGAGCUCCUCCCCUAGAGGGGCGCUGAGCUCCUCCCCUAGAGGGGCGCAGCAGUAGCACUGGCCCAAUGGAGAGAGAGGCGAAAGAGAGAGAGACAUGCGCACGAGGGGACUGUCUUUGGUCAGGCAGAGUGCUCACCUGGCUGAAGAGCCGCAUGGACAAGUCGUGUUUCCGCUGCUCGAAGAGUUCGUCGUCGGGCUCAGGAGACAUGCCUAUAGACUCUUUAAACGAGUCCCACACAUUGUGCUUCUCCUCCUUUGACUCUUUGAGCAACUUGUCGAGAGCCUCAGAUCUGAUAUAAGGCAACGACUGGCGUGUGUCGUGUGUGUGGUCUUCUCUCCGUGUAGCCUAGCCGGGAGGGAGGGAGGCACUGUGAGCCUGCACGCCUACGUGCACGCGAUGUGUUUCCGCGGCUUGCGGAGGAAGACGUUGUCCAUGUCCACCGCCAUGCACUGCCACGGCGCGUGACAUUGGUUGUGCCACUGCUUGGCCGGUCCCCAUGUGCAUUUUCUUGCUGCGCACAGGCACACACAUCAAUCAAUGGACUGACUGUCAUGGUGGGCCCUCGAGUGGCUGAGGGAGGGAGGGAGGCAUGCAGAGCUCACAGAUUCCGAGUUUGCAAUCGAAGUCUGCAGUGAACAUACAGGCAAAGCGGCACAGGCAGGCAGGCAGGCAGAGACAGGCGUGCAGCCUAAGCUUGCCUCCAUUCCAUCGUGUGUGCGUGGUCUGCUCUGCUUACUGACCCGGUUGUGUGUCUGACAGAGUGUCGUUAAGGCGAUUGUUGACAGUGUAAGCCCCUUGCUUGGAUUGAGCGGCAGACAGAGACAGCGACGCGCCUGUACUCACUCACUCACACAUCCAGCAAAGGGUGAUUCAACAAAUCUGUUACAUAGCCCGGGGAUGUGGGUGGGCAGGGCUUCCCCCGCUUCAUUCUCACCACCGAGAAGGCGCAGCACGACUAAGAACAUCUUCUUCGUUGCUGCCAUUGCAGAGCCCGGCAGAGCUGAGCCUCCCUCAAGAAGGACUCAAGGAGGUUGUUGCACCGAGGAAACACGAUGGAUCCGCUGCGAGGUGGCGGCCCCGGGAAGGG